UUUUUUGCCGCUGUAACGAAACCAUUUGCAUUAUUAAUUGUUUGCUUUUCAAUGUGUUUAUAAGUCUAAGUCUCUACGUCUGCUUAUUGUUUUUUCCCCCAGUUGGUGGUAGCCGUGCGACGACAAACACUUGUGCAGCCAAGGACCAAUCAAUUUCUCGAUGUGCUUCCGACACGGGUCGCAUCCUUUACUAGCAUAACUACAGGCUACAAACCUAAUAUAGUGCGCACAAACACACAUAAACAUAUAUAAGGACACCGUAUAACGGUUAAGCAGCACCCAGCAACAACUACUCUCGUACUAUCAUAUUUGUUAAUAAAAUGACUGUAAAAGGCACGCUAUCAAACGCUCCCGGCAGUUGGACGUCCUCCAGAGUCGGCACGACAUCCUACAUAUCGCGCAUGGCUUGUUUCGCAUUUUGCCUGCUCUCCGCCCUGCCGCUGCCGUUCUUCACAACAGCUAAUCGUUUAUCGGAUACCAAACUGCAUGAGGUCUAUCUGGACAACUCCGAAAUAAAACUGAGUUGGAUGGUUGAUUGGUAUAAACAGGAGGUGCUCUUCCAUCUACAAAAUGCCUUCAAUGAAAACCACCGCUGGUUCUAUUUGGGCUUCUCGAAACGCGGCGAUGUCGGCGACGCUGACAUCUGUUUCUUCGAAAAUCAAAAUGGAUUCUUUAACAUUGUCACUGACACCUACACCAGUCCUGAUGGUAAAUUUGUGCAAAAAGACUAUCAACAAGAUUGUGAACUCUUCAAAAUGGAUGAAUACACAUUGGCAUUUAAGCGAAAAUUCGACACCUGCGAUCCGCUAGACUUGAGGAUGCAUGAAGGCACAAUGUAUAUUAUGUGGGCCAGAGGUGAAAGUCGUUUGUCACUGGAAGAUUAUCAAUUUCCCUUUCCUAAUGUUUCCAACCACGAAUCCGGGAUUAAGAUGAUGCAGUUACUUCGCGCGGACAAAAUUCUCAUACCAGAAACCAAUUUGAAAACCAUACAGGUCACGCUCGAAAAUGUGACCGUACCAGCAAAAGAGACCACCUAUUGGUGUCACAUACAAAAACUGGAUGACUCAUUUGUGACGAAGCAGCAUAUAGUACAGUUCGAACCCCUUAUUACCUCUCCCGAUUUGGUGCAUCAUCUGGAAGUUUUCCAUUGUGAAACUGAUCCACAAGUCGAAAUUCCUUUGUACAAUGGAGACUGUGAGAAAAUGCCGGCGGAAGCUAAAGUGUGCUCCAAAGUCAUAUCUCUGUGGGCUAUGGGCGCCAGCACAUUCACCUAUCCACCAGAAACUGGCUUACCAGUUGGCGGCAGUGAUUAUAAUCCAUUUGUGCGUUUAGAAGUGCAUUUUAACAAUCCGGAAUUGAAAGCAGGACGCAUUGACAGCUCUGGCAUGAGAAUUAAGUUGGCUUCCAAAUUAAGACAGUUCGACGCGGGUGUCAUGGAGCUGGGUUUGGAAUACACGGAUAAAAUGGCAAUUCCACCCGGUCAAGUGGGCUUCCCGUUAAGUGGUUAUUGCAUCGCCGAAUGCACUGAAAUAGCCCUCCCGCCCAGCGGUAUUAUCAUAUUCGGUUCGCAACUGCAUACACAUCUUCGUGGCGUUCGCAUUCUCACACGUCAUUUUCGCGACAAUGAGGAACUGCGCGAAGUUAAUCGAGACGACUACUACUCGCAUCAUUUUCAGGAAAUGCGUAAUCUGCAUUAUAAGCCCCAUGUGCUACCGGGCGACGCUUUGGUCACAACAUGCUAUUACAACACUUUUGGUUAUGAUAAUGCAACACUAGGCGGUUUUUCAAUCAGCGAUGAGAUGUGCGUGAAUUAUAUUCAUUAUUAUCCGGCUACCAAGUUGGAGGUUUGCAAGAGUUCUGUCUCUGAAGACACACUGGAAAACUAUUUCAUUUAUAUGAAAAAGAAAGAGCAUCAACGCCGCAUAAAACUAAGCGGAGCACGUUCGAAGAAUUAUCGCAGCAUCAAAUGGACCGAACCACGUGUGGACCAACUCUAUACCAUGUACAUACAGGAACCGCUCAGCAUGCAGUGCAACAAAUCGGACGGUUAUCGCUUCGAGGGAUACAACUGGGAGGGCGCACCAGUGACACCAGUGGCCAUCCAAAUACCCAUGCAUAGCAAAAUAUGUCCCAACUACAACCCGUUAUGGCUGAAACCACUCGAAAAAGGUGCUUGCGAUCUACUGGGCGAAUGCAUCUAUUAAAACGGACAGAUUGGCGUAACGGUACAUGUUUGAAAGUGAAAUAUUUUGUAGAGGAAAAUUUGAAGAGAAAAAAUAUAAACUUUUAAAUACAAUGAGCAGUACAGCUGCCGCGCAAAAGCUUUAUGGAGUAAACCAAAAUUUUUAGACUAGUUUGUAUUACAAAAAACCCCAAAAAAAAAAUGAAAAACACAUGAAGAUCGUAUGCAUGUAGUAUGUAGAUAGUAAAGUGUAUAGAAUAUUUGAGGCUUAGUAGAGAGAGGCGUUGUAGAGAGAGCAUUUUCGCGACCAUCUGUUUUAAAGCAGAAGAUAUAGAAGAAGGGUUAACUCUAAUGAACAUUUUAAAAUAUUGUUUCGAAAUAAUAUUUGAUUUAUAAUCGAAGAGAGCACUUAUUUACCAACCAUAAAAUAUAUUGUGUUUACCGAGAGCAGAAUUAGUACUUCAGGAAUUAAGCCAGAUUUGCUGAAUUUACGCCGAUUACAAACAUACAUAGAAGUAAAAUUGAUUCUGAAACAAGCUUCCAUUAGUUAGUUCCAAAGGUGACCCCCAAAAAAUAGAUUUCUCCCAUGCACAAGCGAUUUAAAAAACAUUAAAUACAUAAACACACCCAUAUAUUUACAUUUAUGUACUUAAAAAUGCAAACCAUAUUUACCGUUAUAGUCAAGCGGCAAGUAGAACUGCACUCAGUAUUAUUAUGAAAACCAAAAAUCAUUGCAUAUAAAUUAAGGUUAUACAAUGCACAAAACUAACUGUAUAUGUAGCUAUAUAUGAAAUCACCAAUGACAAAUAUAUAUAUUUUAUGUAUUGUACAUAUAAUAUACAUGCAUACAUAGAUAUAUAUACAUAAAUACAUAUACAUGCACUAGGAACAUAAAUAUUUUAGACGUAUAUAAGAUGUGAUAAUAAUAUUGUAUACCUAAAUGCAUAAAUAUAUAUAUAAAACACUAUAUAUACAUACGUACAUACCUAAAUACAAGUAAAACGAAAUGUAAGUAAAUUUAGAAAUAAAUGGAUCACCAUA